CCAAGGUUGAAUGACUUACCAUUGUGAUCAUAACACUGUGGUCCGUUGGCUUGAGUCCCAGUUAGUUGUUUAAUGUCCAGUCCUGUCUUCUCUCUCAGGAAUACGUUCACAUGGUAGUUUUAUGGAGGCCGCCAGGUGCGUCUCACAGACAGCAAACAUGAGUCGCUUUCUAAACGUCCUGAGGAGCUGGUUGGUAAUGGUGUCCGUCAUCGCGAUGGGAAACACCGUGCAGAGUUUCAGAGAUCACAGUUUUUUGUCAGAGAAGCUCUACACAGGAACACCAGAGUUUGUAAAUGGUCUCCAAGCUCGAACUUUUGGUAUUUGGACGUUGCUGUCGUCGAUCAUUCGCUGUUCCUGUGCCAUUGAUAUCCAGAACAGAACGCUGUAUCACAUCACCUUAUGGACAUUCGUGUUAGCGCUGGGUCACUUCCUGUCUGAAGCCUUCAUCUACAAAACAGCUCCUCUGACUAUCGGGGUCAUGGCACCUCUCAUUGUGGCAAGUUUCUCCAUCAUAGGAAUGCUGAUUGGAUUCCAGUGCAUCCCAGAGUCACAAGAGGAAGUCGGCGCACGACAGAAGAAGCGUAACUGAAUCCCAGCUGUUUGAUUUCCCUCCCACCUCCACAAUGAUCAGCAGACAUUAGUGGACUGGUACUAGUGUGCUGCUUCUUGCUGUGAAGAACAUGAGAUCUGGUCGUAUGUCAGUUUCCUACGCUAACGCUUUAUAUGGACGAUGUUCAUCUCUAUCUGAGCUGUAUUUGAUGUUUUUUUAAACUGACAGCUCACAGUGCAAUCACAAACAGAGUGACAGAAGGUCAUGUUACACUACAGUGAGCAAUAUGUGCAGUGUUAUACUUAUGGAGGUUUCAUUGAGUUAAUUUUGUAGUAUCUGAACUGUCAGUGCUGAAUGAACCUCGUUCACGUCUCUGCUCAUGAAUGAAUCCAGUGUAGAUUUCUUUGGGAAUGUUUUAUUUCUCCAGACUACCACAUGAUUUUUUAAAAUCAUGAUCUACCAAAGAACUCAGACGACUAUAAAACUAUGCUUUUCAUUACAAAGUCUCAUAAACACAAAUUUCAACAAUUAUCAACAAUUAUUCUCAAUGUUUGUUCUGUGCUGUGAAAUGUUUGUACAUCAUUUGAAUUUAUGCACAAUUAUUGUCCUAUAAAACAUUUUAAAAAUGAAAUGA